AUGAUCAACUCUUUCCAAUCUUUUCCUCUUUCCAAUCUUUGCCUCUUUCCAAUCUUUGCCUCUUUCCAAUCUUUACUUCUUUUCAAUCUUUGCCUCUUUCCAAUCUUUGCCUCUUUUCAAUCUUUGCUUCUUUCCAAUCUUUGUCUCUUUUCAAUCUUUGCUUCUUUUCAAUCUUUGUCUCUUUCCCAUCUUUGCCUCUUUUCAAUCUUUGCUUCUUUCCAAUCUUUACUUCUUUUCAAUCUUUGCCUCUUUCCAAUCUUUGCCUCUUUUCAAUCUUUGCUUCUUUCCAAUCUUUGUCUCUUUUCAAUCUUUGCUUCUUUUCAAUCUUUGCCUCUUUCCCAUCUUUGCCUCUUUCCCAUCUUUGCCUCUUUUCAAUCUUUGCUUCUUUUCAAUCUUUGCCUCUUUCCCAUCUUUGCCUCUUUCCAAUCUUUGCCUCUUUCCAAUCUUUGCCUCUUUUCAAUCUUUGCUUCUUUCCAAUCUUUGUCUCUUUCCCAUCUUUGCCUCUUUUCAAUCUUUACUUCUUUUCAAUCUUUGCCUCUUUCCAAUCUUUGCCUCUUUUCAAUCUUUGCUUCUUUUCAAUCUUUACUUCUUUUCAAUCUUUGCCUCUUUCCAAUCUUUGCCUCUUUUCAAUCUUUGCUUCUUUUCAAUCUUUGCCUCUUUCCAAUCUUUGCCUCUUUCCAAUCUUUGCCUCUUUUCAAUCUUUGCUUCUUUCCAAUCUUUCUUUUUCUUUCUUUACUUGCCUCUCUCUUUCUGUCACUUUUCAUCUGUCUUUCUGUCUUUUUUCUCCUUUCUUUCUUUCUUUCUUUCUUUCUAUCUGUCUCUCUUCUUUCUUUCCAUCUGUAUCUCUUUUUUCUUUCUUUCUGUCUGUCUCUCUUUUUUCUUUCUUUCUGUCUGUAUCUCUCUUUUCUUUCUUUCUGUCUGUCUCUCUUUUUUCUUUCUUUCUGUCUGUCUCUCUUUUUCUUUCUUUCCAUCUGUUUCUCUUUUUUCUUUCUUUCUGUCUGUCUUUCUCUUUUCUUUCUGUCUGUUUCUCUUUUUUCUUUCUUUCUGUCUGUCUCUCUCUUUUUUUUCCAUCUGUCUCUCUCUUUUCUUUCCUUUCGUCUGUCUCUCUCUUUUCUUUCCUUCCAUCUGUCUGUCUCUUUUCUUUUCUUCCGCCUGUCUCUCUUUUUUCUUUCUUUCUUUCUCUUUUUUCUUCUUUCUCUCUUUCAUCUCUUCAUAUCUAUCUAUCUCAGUCUAUUCAUUUCUAUCUAUCUAUCUAAACUAAUUCAAUAUCUAUCUCAGGGACAUUGUUCGUUUGAUCAUCCCAACCUUUUGCACAGAUCGUCCUGCUUUCUCCACAUUCUUUUCCAGGGUACAUUGGUCAUCCAUUGGCAUUCUUUUUUGUUGUUCGGAUCAUCCCAACCUUUUGCACAGAUCGACCUGCUUCACUCAGGUACUGGUCUCCAUUGGCAUUCUUUAAAUCGACCUGCUUCACUGGGUACUGGUCUCCAUUGGCAUUCUUUUUACUGGGACAUUGUUCGUUUGAUCAUCCCAACCUUUUGCACAGAUCGACCUGCUUCACUCGUACUGGUCUCCAUUGGCAUUCUUUUAAUGAGACAUUGUUCGUUUGAUCAUCCCAACCUUUUUGCACAGAUCGACCUGCUUCACUCGGGUACUGGUCUCCAUUGGCAUUCUUUUAAAUCGACCUGCUUCACUCGGGUACUGGUCUCCAUUGGCAUUCUUUUAGUGAGACAUUGUUCGCUUGAUCAUCCCAACCUUUUGCACAGAUCGACCUGCUUCACUCGGGUACUGGUCUCCAUUGGCAUUCUUUUUAAUGAGACGUUGUUCGUUGAUCAUCCCACCUUUUGCUUCACCUGCUUCGGGGUACUGGUCUCCAUUGGCAUUCUUUUAGAAAUUGUUCGUUUGAUCAUCCCAACCUUUUUGCACAGAUCGACCUGCUUCACUCGGGUACUGGUCUCCAUUGGCAUUCUUUUAACCUUUUUGCACCUCGGUACUGGCCUCCAUUGGCAUUCUUUUGAGACAUUGUUUAGCUUGAUCAUCCCAACCUUUUGCACAGAUCGACCUGCUUCACUCGGCACUGGUCUCCAUUGGCAUUCUUUUAAAUCGACCUGCUUCACUUCGGGUACUGGUCUCCAUUGGCAUUCUUUUAAGUGGGACAUUGUUCGUUUGAUCAUCCCAACCUUUUUGCACAGAUCGACCUGCUUCACUCGGGUACUGGUCUCCAUUGGCAUUCUUUUAAUGGGACAUUGUUCGUUUGAUCAUCCCAACCUUUUGCACAGAUCGACCUGCUUCACUCGGGUACUGGUCUCCAUUGGCAUUCUUUUAAUGAGACAUUGUUCGUUUGAUCAUCCCAACCUUUUUGCACAGAUCGACCCACCUGCAUUCUUUAAGUCGUUUGAUCAUCCUAACCCUUUUGCACAGAUCGGUACUGGUCUCCAUUGGCAUUCUUUUUUAAUGAGAAAUUGUUCGUUUGAUCAUCCCAACCUUUUGCACAGAUCGACCUGCUUCACUCGGGUACUGGUCUCCAUUGGCAUUCUUUUUUUAAGGAGACAUUGUUCGUUUGAUCAUCCCAACCUUUUUGCACAGAUCGACCUGCUUCACUCGGUACUGGUCUCCAUUGGCAUUCUUUUAAGUGAAAUUGUUCGUUUGAUCAUCCCAACCUUUUGCACAGAUCGACCUGCUUCACUCGGGAGACAUUGUUCGUUUGAUCAUCCUAACUUUUGCACAGAUGGUCUCCAUUGGCAUUCUUUUAAGUGGACAUUGUUCGUUUUGAUCAUCCCAACCUUUUGCACAGAUCGACCUGCUUCACUCAAUACUGGUCUCCAUUGGCAUUCUUUUAAAGAUCGACCUGCUUCUGGUCUCCAUUGGCAUUCUUUUAAAUUACAUUGUUCGUUUGAUCAUCCCAACCUUUUGGUCUCCAUUGGCAUUCCAUUUCUUUUAAGUGAGGAUCAUCCAACCUUUUGCACAGAUGAUCAUCCCAAUUCUUUUGUGACAGAUCAUCCCACCUUUUUCACAGAUCGGGUACUGGUCUCCAUUGGCAUUCUUUUGAAUUCGACCUGCUUCACCUCGGGUACUGGUCUCCAUUGGCAUUCUUUAAGUGAGAAUUGUUCGUUUGAUCAUCCCAACCUUUUUGCACAGAUCGACCUGCUUCACUCGGGUACUGGUCUCCAUUGGCAUUCUUUUAAAUCGGUACUGCUUCACUCGGGGACUGGUCAUCCAUUGGCAUUCUUUUUGGUCUCCAUUGGCAUUCUUUUAGUGAGACAUUGUUCGUUUGAUCAUCCCAACCUUUUUGCACAGAUCGACCUGUUUCACUCUCGGAUCGACCUGCUUCACUUCUUUAAGGACAUUGGUACUGGUCUCCAUUGGCAUUCUUUUUGGUAUUGGCAUUCUUUAAGUGAGAAAAUUGUUCGUUUGAUCAUCCCAACCUUUUUGCACAGAUCGACCUGCUUCACUCGGGUACUGGUCUCCAUUGGCAUUCUUUUUAAGUGGGACAUUGUUCGUUUGAUCAUCCCAACCUUUUUGCACAGAUCGACCUGCUUCACUCGGGUACUGGUCUCCAUUGGCAUUCUUUUAAUGGGACAUUGUUCGUUUGAUCAUCCCAACCUUUUUGCACAGAUCGACCUGCUUCACUCGGGUACUGGUCUCCAUUGGCAUUCUUUUAAGAGACAUUGUCUGUUUGAUCAUCUCAACCUUUUGCACAGAUCGACCUGCUUCACUCGGGUACUGGUCUCCAUUGGCAUUCUUUUUAAGUGGGACAUUGUUCGUUUGAUCAUCCCAACCCUUUUGCACAGAUCGACCUGCUUCACUGGGUACUGGUCUCCAUUGGCAUUUUUAAGGGACAUUGUUCGUUUGAUCAUCCCAACCUUUUUGCACAGAUCGACCUGCUUCACUCGGGUACUGGUCUCCAUUGGCAUUCUUUUUGCACAGAUCGACCUGGGACAUUGUUCGGACUUUGAUCAUCCCAACCUUUUGCACAGAUCGACCUGCUUCACUCGGGUACUGGUCUCCAUUGGCAUUCUUUUAACUUCACUCCCAACCUACUGGUCUCCAUUGGCAUUGGCCUUUGAUCAUCCCAACCUUUUUGCACAGAUCGACCUGCUUCACUCGGGUACUGGUCUCCAUUGGCAUUCUUUAAUGAGAAAUUGUUCGUUUGAUCAUCCCAACCUUUUGCACAGAUCGACCUGCUUCACUCGGGUACUGGUCUCCAUUGGCAUUCUUUUAAGGAGAAAUUGUUCGUUUGAUCAUCCCAACCUUUUGCACAGAUCGACCUGCUUCACUUUCGGGUACUGGUCUCCAUUGGCAUUCUUUAAAUCGACCUGCUUCACUCGGGUACUGGUCUCCAUUGGCAUUCUUUUUAAGUGGGACAUUGUUCGUUUGAUCAUCCCAACCUUUUGCAUUCUUUUUUAUGAUCGACCUGCUUCACUCGGGUACUGGUCUCCAUUGGCAUUCUUUUUUAAGUGGGAAAUUGUUCGUUUGAUCAUCCCAACCUUUUUUGCACAGAUCGACCUGCUUCACUCGGGUACUGGUCUCCAUUGGCAUUCUUUUAAAUCGACCUGCUUCACUCGGGUACUGGUCUCCAUUGGCAUUCUUUUUUUAAUGGGACAUUGUUCGUUUGAUCAUCCCAACCUUCCUGCUUCACUCGGGUACUGGUCUCCAUUGGCAUUCUUUUUUGUUCGUUUGAUCAUCCCAACCUUUUUGCACAGAUCGAGACAUUGUUCGUUUGAUCAUCCCAUCAUCCCCUUUUUGCACAGAUCGACCUGCUUCACUCGGGUACUGGUCUCCAUUGGCAUUCUUUUAAUGAGACAUUGUUCGUUUGAUCAUCCCAACCUUUUUGCACAGAUCGACCUUUCACUCGCACAGGCAUUCUUUAAGUGGGACAUUGUUCGUUUGAUCAUCCCAACCUUUUGCACAGAUCGACCUGCUUCACUCGGGUACUGGUCUCCAUUGGCAUUCUUUUUAAGUGAGACAUUGUUCAUCGACCUGCUUCGGGUACUGGUCUCCAUUGGCAUUCUUUUUAAGUGGGACAUUGUUCGUUUGAUCAUCCCAACCUUUUGCACAGAUCGACCUGCUUCACUCGGUACUGGUCUCCAUUGGCAUUCUUUUAAAUCUGGUUCCAUUGGCAUUCACAUUGUUCGUUUGAUCAUCCCCAACCUUUUAAGGUCUCCAUUGGUCUCCAUUCUUUCUUUAAUGAGACAUUGUUCGUUUGAUCAUCCCAACCUUUUGCACAGAUCGACCUGCUUCACUCGGGUACUGGUCUCCAUUGGCAUUCUUUUAAGUGAGACAUUGUUGUUGAUCAUCCCAACCUUUUGCACAGAUCGACCUGCUUCACUCGGGUACUGGUCUCCAUUGGCAUUCUUUUUUAAGUGGGACAUUGUUCGUUUGAUCAUCCCAACCUUUUGCACAGAUCGACUUGCUUCACUCGGGUACUGGUCUCCAUUGGCAUUCUUUUAA